AUGUUCGUCCUGCAUGCCUUGGAGUAUAGAGGAGUAUUACUUCAUGUUCAAAGAGGAUCAAUCGUAACGACUCAGGCCAACUACGCCAAUGGCGGUCGUGACGCCGGCAAGAGCGCGCCCGCCGCACCUUCAAACCCAUCCGACGGCCCUCCCCAGGCUCCGGGCCAGGGGCAGGCCCAGCCGACAGAAGAGGAGUCCGAUCUCGAGGAAGACGACUCGGGUCCAGUUGAGCAGGUGGCCAUUGAAGAUAUGGACGGCCCCGCACGUCCGCAAACAAAGGUAAACGUGGAGGACUUUGACUUGCUGAAGGUGCUUGGGAAGGGCUCCUUUGGUAAAGUUAUGAUGGUGCGCAAGAAGGACACGAAGAUGAUUUAUGCGAUGAAGACGCUGCGCAAAGCCGCUCUUGUGAAGCGCAACCAGCUUCUUCACACCAAGACAGAACGCAGUAUCUUACAAAGCAUCAAGCACCCGUACUUGACUAGUCUCACAUACGCUUUCCAGACGCCCGACAAGCUCUAUCUGGUCAUGGAUUACUGCGGCGGAGGCGAACUUUUCUUUUGGCUGAAAAAGGAUCGCCGCUUUUCCCAACAGAAAGCGCGUCUGUUUGCCGCUGAGAUCAUCCUUGCACUACAGGAGCUGCACAAACACGACAUUAUCUAUCGUGACUUAAAGCCCGAAAACAUCUUGCUGGAUUUGGAGGGACACAUUCGCCUAACAGAUUUUGGUCUUUCCAAAGAGGCUGUCACGGGGGCUGGCGCCACGGGCGGUACUAAAACAUUUUGCGGUACUCCUGAGUACCUAGCACCAGAGAUACUUGAGAAUAAGGGGCAUGGCAAAGCUGUAGACUGGUGGAGUCUGGGUACUCUCAUCUACGAGAUGCUUACCGGCCUACCACCUUUCUACGACCAAAAUAUGCAGCGAAUGUAUGAUAAGAUUUUAAAUGCGCCGCUACGCUUUCCGUCAUUUAUGUCGGCUGAGGCCAAAGACCUGCUGACUGGUCUACUCACGCGAAAGGUGUCGGACCGUCUUGGUAGCGGUCCGUCCGACGCCGAGGAGAUUAAGUCGCACCCAUUCUUUAAGGGUAUUGACUGGGAGGCUGUGUUUCGCAAGGAGGUUCAGCCUGAAUUUAAGCCGCCUAACCGGUUGGGCUCCAUGGACACAAGUAAUUUUGAUGUCGAAUUCACAGCGGAGAAACCCGUAGACUCAGUCGUCACUACGACGAUGAGUGAGACCCAGCGCAACAAAGCGCAAUUUCCUGGCUUCACUUAUAAUGCGGAUACCAUUGACGAAGAUCACAAGGGAAAUUAA